UGAGAGCGAGUUGCUUUCUACCGACUCGCAGAGGUGGAGGAGGCGAGGCGACCAACACACGGACGAGGGGGAAACAAAUAACAUAAUCGAAAAGGAGGACAACUUUUGCACAUAUUUUUCCAAUUGUUUGGAUAACCAGUCAAACGAUUUGGCUGCACCAGACGCACCAAUGGAAGGAAUGUUUGGCUGGCCACAGUCGCAUGUCUCCCAAAGCGCUCCGUACACGGAGAUCAUUGAGCAGCCGAAGGCGAGGGGGAUGCGUUUCCGCUACAAGUGUGAGGGACGCUCGGCUGGCAGCAUCCCGGGGGAGAAGACCAACGAUACCACCAAGACACAUCCCGCCAUAAAGGUGCACAACUACAGUGGCCCAAUCAGGGUACGGAUCUCCCUGGUGACCAAGACCCAGCCCUACAAGCCACACCCCCAUGAGCUGGUGGGUAAAGACUGCAAGCACGGUUACUAUGAAGCGGACCUGCAGGAACGACGCGUGCACAGUUUCCAGAAUCUGGGCAUUCAGUGCGUGAAGAAGAAGGACGUGGCAGAAGCCGUCAGUUGCCGACUACAGACGCAAAACAACCCUUUCAACAUUCCGGAGGGGAAGGUGUGGGAGGAAGACUACGACCUGAACGCCGUGAGACUCUGCUUCCAGGUCACCAUCACCCUCGCCAGCGGAGACCCGCACCCCCUCAAGCCAGUGGUGUCCCAGCCCAUCUACGACAACAGAGCCCCUAAUACAGCGGAGCUGAAGAUAUGUCGUGUCAACAAGAACUGUGGAAGUUGCGGUGGGGGUGACGAAAUCUACCUGCUCUGCGACAAAGUGCAGAAAGAGGACAUCGAAGUGCGUUUCUUCCGCGACUCGUGGGAGGGCAAGGGCUCCUUCUCCCAGGCCGACGUGCACCGGCAGGUGGCCAUCGUGUUUCGGACACCGGCCUACUGCAACACCGACCUGUCCGAGCCCAUCCUCGUCAAGAUGCAGUUGCGUCGGCCCUCCGACCGGGAGGUCAGCGAGCCAAUGGACUUCCAGUACCUGCCCAUCUCAGAUGAGUUUGGACUGCGUGAGAAGAGGAAACGGACAGAGGCAAUGUUCCGCAAACUGAGUGCUCAAAUGAUGCCAGUAGAAAGAAGGCCCUUCCACACUGCCCGGCGACCAAUGGCUGCGGCUGCGGCUGUGACCAGACCUCCAGUACCCACCGCUCCCUUGGCUGCGCCCCCAGCAGCAGCAACAGCAGCUUUGAGGCCCCCGACCUUCUUCGGCCCAGUGCCAGGCCAGCUCUUCACGCAGCCCAAGCCAGAAUCCUGCCCCUCUGUCUCCGUUGCAACAGCCUCCGUCUCCACCUCUGCAACCACCAACGAAACCUGGAAGUUCCUGAACAGCCUGACCCUGGACAACCAGCCCAAGGCCACGUUGGUGAACCUCUUCCCCAGCUCUGGUGUCCAGGCGUCGGCCGCUGCUGCCCCCUCCACCUACACCUCCACCUCUUCAGCCACAGCUGCUGCAAGUGCCUCCUCAUUAGCGCCGGCCGCGUCCCACACGGACUACCCCACCGUCAACAUGGCCGACCUUCCCGGCCUUGCUUUCGGCGCCUUCUCCUCCAACCAGGGCAUGCUCGGCGGGGUGAACCAGGACCCAUCGUCGUCAUCGUUUGGCGUCACCUCUGUAGUCCAGAGCUCCCAGUUCAAGGUGGAGGAGGAGCUGGAGCUGGGGGAGGAGCUGGAGUUCCCCAGCUUCUCGGAAGAGAGGUCGGGCCUGGACAGCAUCAACAUCGAGGACUUUCAGAGCCUGCUGGCCGAGGCCUCCCAGCACCCCGCUGGCAUCGUCGGGGUUGGCGUCGCCGGGGCGCAACAGGCCUCCAGUUGCCACAUGCCCUCCACCAUGCCCUGUGGCGAUGGUGGUGGUGGAGGCACGACGAUGGUCAACCUCGCCAGCCAGGUGGAGAGCGCCAUCGGUCACCACAUGGGAAACGGUGGUAUCGGCAUCUCUAAUGCGCCAUCUUCCGGUGCCCCUAGCGCCACCCUAAUGGACUACCCGGAGAGUCUCGCCAUGCUCCUGCACAGUAAUGACUACUCCGCUGGCACCAGCAGCCCCAUGGGAUCCCAUGCGGCCGUCAAUCUGGACCUGGACAUGAUGGACUCCACGGACGAGGAACGCAUCAUGUCCAUCUUUCCAGGGUUCCUGUCUACCAAUCCGACUUAAAUUCUGUUUUCAGGCUCAUGGCCACAACGGUGCCGGUGUCACUUGCCAGUCGCCGCAGCAGUUACACAGCGUUGUUUAUUUCAACACGUGACCCGGAUUAUCAUGGACCCCAUUUCAUCGAAAGCAUCGUUGCUAAGCAUUUAGCAACUUAGUAGGUUGCCAGUGGGAAAGUGCAUUGCAACCAAGCAAGUUGCUAACUUAGGUUAGCAAUGAUUCUGUCGAAAGGCACCCCGAUUUGGUUCUUGCCGCAGUAACACACUGGCAACCAAAGAGCUCACUUGGUAGUGAACGACCCGUAUGUGCGACCCAUGUGUUACCCGGAUGAAUCAGGUAGUAGACUUACAUAAGAGCAGUUUUAUUUGGAUCCGGUUGGAAACCGGCACAGUUCUGUGUUGGCCUGAAAAUGGUAUUGAAGACUUGUGCGGAGACCAGAAGAUGAGUGGGUGAGAUGGGAGGGGUGGGCCGGGUUAGGAAGGGCUGUGCCACCGUUCUGUGCACGUUACCGUGUCCUACCAACUAGUGACCUUUUGUAAAAAAUAAAAUAUAUAUAUAUAUAAUAAUAAUCUAGCAUGGGUAGGGGGAAAAUAAUAUUUAUCUAUGCACACAGAGCAGUUUUUUUAGUAAAAUAUUUUGAAGAUGGAGGGUCAAAGAUGUCCAACAUGAAAUUGUCAUUCAGUGCUAAUGGAUACUUUUGCUUACUGUAACUGUGAAAAACAUGAUUUUCAAGUUUUUAAAAAGUGAAUGCAUGAAAGCCAAGCCAAAACAUAAUUUUAAAAAAACUUUUUUUUUU